CAGUCCAACGUGCGAGUUCGAAGCGACAAGCGGUCCACUUCGCCUUCUCAGGGGGCCAGGAUUUUUGAAAGUGACUAGUGACUAGUGGCAAAAUAUGUGCGGUUAGCCACGACAACUGGCAGUGUCUCGAGUAGCAAUCCAAUCCAAUCAAAUCGAAUCCAAUCGAAUCCAAUCGAAUCGAAUCGAAUCCAGAUCAAUCCAAUCUAAUUCCCGCUGCCAGCGCAACUCAAGGAGAAUCGAUUUUGUAGCUUGUGGAUACGCGGCGCAGAGUCGAGUCGCUGAAAAUGUUUCCACCGCGGUUGCUGCGAAUCGCAUUUGUGAUAUGCCUGCUGAUCGUCUUGAUCUCGCCCUCCGCAGACAGUGCACAGACCAAGACACGGCGACGCCUGCGACGUCCCACCUCGUCGGUCAGCUCCUCGCGGAGCAACCUCAUCGAUGCCAAGAAGUCCACUGAGGCUCCGGAGGCGGAGAAGCGCGUGGACCAGAUCACCUCGGCCACCACCACCAGUGUGCGGCGCACUCGUCUCCGCUCCAAGGCGAAACUGGGAGCAGCCGCCGGAGGAGCAGCGGCAGCCGCCGCAGGAACGGCCUUGGUGGCCAGCGGGUCCUCGCUGAAGGGCAAGAAGACCAAGGUGGACGAUGGCUCGCCCAAGAUCGUGUGCUACUACACCAACUGGUCGCAGUACCGCGUCAAGAUCGGCAAGUUCGUGCCCGAGGACAUUCCGGCCGACCUCUGCACCCACAUCAUCUUCGCCUUCGGCUGGCUGAAAAAGAACAAGCUGAGUUCCUACGAGUCCAACGACGAGACCAAGGACAACGUGCCCGGCCUGUACGAGCGCAUGAUGAACCUGCGCAAGGCCAACCCCAAGCUAAAGAUACUUCUUGCUCUGGGAGGCUGGUCCUUCGGCACCCAGAAGUUCAAGGACAUGUCCGCCACCCGCUACACCCGCCAGACCUUCGUCUACUCCGCCAUUCCCUUCCUGCGCAAGCGCGGCUUCGACGGCCUGGACAUGGACUGGGAGUACCCGAAGGGCUCCGACGACAAGAAGAACUUCGUCCUUCUGCUGAAGGAGCUGCGCGAGGCCUUUGAGGCGGAGGCCCAGGAGCUGAAGAAACCCCGCCUGCUGCUCUCCGCCGCCGUGCCCGUGGGCCCCGACAACAUCCGCGGGGGCUACGACGUGCCCGCCAUCGCCAGCUACCUGGACUUCAUCAACCUGAUGGCCUACGACUUCCACGGCAAGUGGGAGCGGGAGACGGGCCACAACGCCCCGCUGUACGCCCCUUCCACGGACUCCGAGUGGCGCAAGCAGCUGUCCGUGGACAACGCGGCCAGUCUGUGGGUCAAGAUGGGGGCUCCCAAGGAGAAGCUGGUCAUCGGCAUGCCCACCUACGGCCGCUCUUUCACCCUGGCCAACCCGGACAAGCACGGCCCCAACGCGCCCGCUUCGGGCGGAGGACGCGAGGGAGUCUACACCAAGGAGAGCGGUUUCCUGGCCUACUACGAGAUCUGCGAGAUGCUGCUCAACGGCGCCGUCUAUGUCUGGGACGACGAGAUGAAGGUGCCCUACCUGGUGGACGGGGACCAGUGGGUGGGCUUCGACGACGAGCGCGCCAUCCGCAACAAGAUGCACUGGAUCAAGUCGAACGGGUUCGGAGGCGCCAUGGUCUGGACCAUCGACAUGGACGACUUCAAGGGCGAGGUCUGCGGCGGAAACGUCAAGUAUCCGUUGAUCGGAGCCAUGCGGGAGGAGCUCCUGGGCAUCUCGCGCGGAAAGGAGGCUAAGGAUGUCAACUGGACGGCGGUUGCUGCCACAUUCGAGGAUAUUGAGGAGAAACCCGAACCCAUCAAGAUUUCUGUGGAUGAGAUCCUGAACAAGGUGCGCAAGCCGCAGGUCCUGAAGAAGCAGCGCAUCAAGGGAGGAUCAGUAGCUGUCGACACCAACACUCGUCCCGCCCAGGUGUUCUGCUACCUGACCAGCUGGUCGGCCAAGCGGCCGGGAGCCGGAAAGUUCCAGCCGGAGAACAUCGACCCCAAGCUGUGCACCCACAUCGUGUACGCGUUCGCCACCCUGCAGGAGUACAAGCUCACCGAGGCCACCGACGACGACCCGGAGAACUACGAGAGCGUGAUCGCCCUGCGCGACGCCAAUCCCGACCUGCAGAUCCUGCUGGCCAUCGGGGGCUGGGCCUUCGGCUCGACGCCCUUCAAGGAGCUCACCUCGAACGUCUUCCGGAUGAACCAGUUCGUCUACGAGGCCAUCGACUUCCUGCGCGACUACAAGUUCAACGGCCUGGACGUCGACUGGGAGUAUCCGCGUGGCGCCGAGGACCGGGUGGCCUACGUCAGCCUGCUGAAGGAGCUGCGCGUGGCCUUCGAGGGCGAGGCGAAGUCGUCGGGUCUGCCGCGCCUCCUGCUCACCGCCGCCGUGCCCGCCUCCUUCGAGGCCAUCGCCGCCGGCUACGACGUGCCGGAGAUCUCCAAGUACCUGGACUUCAUCAACGUGAUGACCUACGACUUCCACGGCCAGUGGGAGCGCACGGUGGGCCACAACUCGCCGCUGUUCGCGCUGGAGUCGGCCACCGGCUACCAGAAGAAGCUCACCGUCGACUACAGCGCCCGCGAGUGGGUGAAGCAGGGCGCGCCCAAGGAGAAGCUGCUCAUCGGCAUGCCCACCUACGGACGCAGCUUCGAGCUGGUCAACGACACCCAGUUCGACAUCGGGUCGCCUUCCUCCGGCGGCGGCAAGGCCGGCAAGUUCACCAACGAGGCCGGCUUCCUCAGCUACUACGAGGUGUGCUCCUUCCUGGCGGCCGACAACACCACGCUCGUCUGGGACUCGGAGCAGCAGGUGCCCUUCGCCUACCGCGGCAACCAGUGGGUGGGCUUCGACGACGAGCGUUCCCUCAAGACGAAGACCGAGUGGCUGAAGGAGCAGGGCUUCGGAGGCAUCAUGGUGUGGUCGAUCGACAUGGACGACUUCUCCGGCCGCUGCGGCAGUGGCAAGUACCCGCUGCUGACCGCCCUCAACGACGAGCUGAAGGACUACAAGGUGGAGCUGGAGUACGAUGGACCCUAUGAGUCCCACGGCCCACGAGGAGCCUACACCACCAAAGAUCCUCACGAUGUCACCUGCGCGGAGGAGGACGGACACAUCAGCUACCACAAGGACUGGGCCGACUGCACCCACUACUACAUGUGCGAGGGCGAGCGGAAGCACCACAUGCCCUGUCCCGCCAACCUGGUCUUCAAUCCCCAGGAGAACGUCUGCGAUUGGCCCGAGAACGUCGAGGGCUGCCACGCCCCCACGGAGGCGCCCGCCUAGGAGCUCCGUCUGCAGAUGUUGUGCAGAAUUGUUAAUAUUAUGAAAUCGAUGCCCUAGAUUUAGUCGUAAUGCGAAACUGCCACGAAACUCUUUUGCUGCCGCCGCCCCUUUUCCCCACUAACUGCGAAAAUACUCGAAGUCUUGCUAAAUUUCGGCUGAAUUUUUUUACACUAAACAUAGGUCUAGCUAGUACUGUAAGUAGUUUUUAUGUCUUAGUUACCAAUUCGCACCCACAACCAACCAGGAUGAAUGAGCAACCCGAAACCCCAGGACUACUUUCUGCCAGGCCCGAGCAACCAAGCCACCAACUAACUUUCGCAUUUCCGAAUGACUCGUAACAAAAUGGUUUAUACGGAGGGAGCCCGAAACCUCCGUAUAGCAAACUGUGAUAAU